UUAUAACCUGUAUUUAUAUAGCGCCAACAGCAAUUGUCUGUAAAUAGACUGUAAGCUCUACAGGUCAGGGACCUCCUUCUUGUGUCUCAACCCUGACCGCUUAAUUUUAAACGUAGUUGUAUUUUUGUAUCAAUAUUCUAUUUUGUUUACAAAUCGCACCCAAUAAAUCUAAACAUAAAAACAGAUUAGCUGUUUUGCUUUUUUUAGUCCCAUAUAAACUAUAUAACUAUCUACUCUAAGACAUUGGGUUAUGUCAGUAGCUGGCAGUUUAGCUCCACUGCAAAUAUGCUGUUCAGUCUUACUGCCAUCUGCCAAAAGACACAUGACUGGGCGUGGCCACCCACCUUUAAACCCUUCAACGCAGGUCCUUAAUUUGAAAAUCCCUCGCAUUUUUCUGUCAAGAAGCAUAACCUCCCACUCGCCCAAACUCAUAAAAAAUCGAGUCGAGGGAGGAGCCAACAGGACUCGACGAUAAAACUGCUAAUUUGCAUAACGGCCGACGAGCGAUGUAAAGGGAGGAAAGUGGGCGGAGCUAACGGUGUUUGGGUUUGAAUGUCGGAGCGAGAAGCGCCGAGGGAAGAGGGCAAACAGCGGAGCGGCUGAAGAAGAGCGCAAGGGAGCCGUUUAUCAGUCCCCGGAUAAAUCUCCGAGCAGUCGUGCGACGAUACUUCCCACACAAAGGUUUAAGAUGGAUGCAUCAGAAGAACCUCAAAAAAAAGUUUUCAAAGCUCGGAAAACAAUGAAAGCAAGUGAUCGUCAACAAUUAGACGCAGUGCACAAGGCAAAAGAGGAAUUGCUCAAACCAACAGAGGUGAAGCUACUGAAUGGAAAUCAUGAAAAUGGGGAUAUGGAUACAAUUGCUGAGACACAUUUUGUGGCAGACAGAAAAGAACUUAAUGGCAUGAUAGAUGUCAACUCUGAGUCUCAUGAAGUUCCAAUUGUCAAGCUUCCAGACAUCAAGGAAGGUUUAAUAAACGUUGACCAAACCAAAGACUUAAAAUUAAAACUUGAACUUCAGCCUACUGAGAGUCAUGUAUGUCAAGACAAUGAAUCCAAUGUGUUGGCGUAUGAAGAGAAGGUACCUGUGCCAUCUAAUAAAUGUGAAGAGCAACAUGAAGAAAACAGUACUCAUGUGGCACAAGAAGAAGCUGAUGGUUUACAGUCAUUAGAUAAGACAACCACUAAUAUUGAAUUGUCAGAAGAAUUAUCUGAGGUCAACAAUUCUGGGGAAGAGGAAAGUCAUAUUGUUUUAGAUGGAAUUCAUGAGUUAGAAGAUGAUAGGCCAGAGGAAGAGGUAAAUGGAAGGGCACUGACAGAAGAAAAUAUGGAUGUAGAGCAUGAGGAGCAAGAGAAAAUUGUACAAAUGGAAGAAGAAAGUAAUGACCUGAAAGAGUCUACAGAUGAGCAAGGUGUAGAAUCACAUCUUGCGGAGGGAACGGGAGUACUGUCAAAGGAAAUACUGGAAGAAACAACAGAAAAUGUACAUCAACAAGAAACUGAACCGGAGGGGGAAACUGAAAAUGAAGCCACUAUUUCCGAGGAAACCGAUGAUCUAGUAGAUGGACAGCAAGAGGAAGAAGCCACACAGGACAUGGAUAUAGUACAAAAAGGGGGUUGUUCAGAAGAGCAUAUAGAAACUCCAGCAGAUGACCUUCAGCCAGCUGAAGAGGCUAUAUCUAGCAGUAUGGAGAUUGACCAGAGUAUGAAAGCUGAAGAGCAAAAAUGUUCAGUUGUCCUAGAAUCUAAUCUAGAAAAAUCUGUUUUAGAGGAACAGACAGAAUCUGGAUUAGAAAUUCCAGACACAAUGGAAACAGAUGAAAUCAUUCCAAUUCUUGAAAAGCUUGCACCAGUGGAAUAUGAGCCUGUGGACUUUGUAAAGGCUGAUUUAAACUCUGAAAGUGUUGCAGAUAAUGAAGAAGAAAUGGGAGGCAAUGAGGAAACCUCACCAAGCAAGCAAGAUAGUAGAGAAUCUCUACCCAGUGAAGCAUUCCUUGUACUUUCUGAUGAGGAAGAACCUAGUGAUGAACGCUGUUCACCAGUAGUAGAAAAGACAUCAGCCUCACAAGAUACUGAUGUUGAUGUUGCGGAAAAGUCGGCAGAAAAAGAGGAAGAACAAAAAGAGGAAAGUGUGAAGGAACCACAAGUUGAGAGAAGUGACGUUUCUCCAGGUGGCGUUUCUCCAGGAGACGUUUCUCUAGGUGAAGUCUCUCGCCGAAAGCGCUCUAAAUCAGAGGACCUUGACAAUGAAAGCUCAAAGAGACGGCGUUAUGAUGGGGAAGAGUAUGAGGCUGAAUUACAAGUAAAGAUUACAGCUGGCGAUGAUCUCAACAAGAAAUUGCAGAAUGUCAUCCAGAAGAUGCUUGAGGAGAGGCUGAACACUUUGCAGUGUGUAGUCUUUGAGAAGACUGUAGCUGAUCUUAAGACCAGAGUGGAGAAGAUAGAAUGCAAAAAACACGAAAAUAUUUUGUAUGCAAUACAGGCUAAAAUUGCAAGGUUGACAAAACGCUUUGGUGCAGCAAAGGAAGACCUUAAGAAAAGACCAGAGCAAUCUACAGCAGUCCUCCCUGCAUCCCCAGGAAAAGCUGCAAAUGAAGCGUCGACUGGCAAUAACUCCCUGAGCUACAGAGGUGGCAGCACAGUGAGGCAAAUGCUGGAAUCAAAACGAAAUGUUGGAGAGACAGUAGCUACUUUUCAGCCCUCAACCACUGGUCAGCCAUCAACUCCAACAACAUCUAGUUUACAGCAUCGUACUCCUAGCACUACUACUCAGGUGUCAGUAAGCCAGUCAACUGCAAAUACCAGUAUACAGGCAAGGGCGCCUCCUGACUGGAAACUAAUUCAACAAAGAAUUAAUGCUUCCAGCAUUGGAACUCCUCAAAACACUCUAAACAACCAGAAUAAGCCUUUGCCACCUGUUACCUCUGCUUCAGUAAUGACUUCUGUUGUUCCUGCAACUACGACUGCUGUAGGGAACAACCAAGUGUCCAGCAGUAACUCCCAGCCAAUGUCUGUAUCCCUUCAGUCUUUGCCAGUUAUUCUUCAUGUCCCAGUCUCAAUGCAGUCUCAGUCACAGCUCAUGCAAGGCACUACAGGAACCUUCGUUACUAACCAACAGUCUGGGAAUGUCGAAUUCAUCCCAGUACAAAAUCAGUCCUCCAUUAGUAAUCUAACUAAAGCGACUCCAGUGUCCUUGGCACCAAAUAAAACUGUUAACAGUCCCUCAAUGCCAAGUCCAAGUAUACAGCGGAAUUCUCCAGGAAACUCUGUAUCAUCAGCUCUGACUGUACAGUCUAUCCCAACAACACAUUCAGUUGCACAGUCAUCCAGACCCUCUUUGCCAUCUACAGUAUCUUCAGGAACUUACAAUCAAGCUAACAAUCGCACCACUUCCCAACUGAAAUCUCCACUGUCUGUAUUUAACAGUCCAAGUGCAGCUGAAGCAACAAGCUCCUCUAGAGAACUGCAAGCCAACAGAACAUCUGCAGAAAGUGUCUCCAGCAAGAGGGUAGCUGAAAACUCAGCUGUGGGUGGAAAACCUGGUGGAGUUAUUGACCUCACACUAGAUGAAGAAGAUGUUGAGAUUACCUCUCAAGAUUCCAGGAGGACAAGUACUGGUUUAGCAGGAAACGUCCAAUCACAAAUGAUAAGUCGGCCAUUACAACCUCCACAACCAAACACUUUGCAGUCACCAUCUACAUCUGCAAGUCUACCUUCUCAAGCCACCAUACAUGUAUUACCUACAGCUCAGACAACCGUGAAUAUAACGCAGCGGCCAGGAACUCAGAUCACAAGGACUUCGGCACCUCGUACCCCAAACAAUCAGCAGAUGGUUUACACUACAUCUAACCUCACUGCAGCCCCAGUCCAGACACCUGUACGCAAUACUGUAAUGCAAAGCCAAAAUCUAAGGCAAAUCACCCCUCAAGCUGGAGGGGUGCCUGUAAGAAUGCAGCAGACAGCAGCAUAUGUGGUGAAUAAUGGAAUGACUAUGGGAUCUGCAGGACCACAGCUUACAGUCCACCAUCGACCUCCUCAGGAAACUGCAAGACCCAUCCACCCAGCUCCACUUCCCGAGGCACCGCAACCACAGAGACUUCCUCCAGAAGCAACAGGUACUUCAGCUCCUCAAAAACCUCAUCUGAAACUUGCCAGAGUGCAAAGCCAGAAUGGAAUUGUACUUUCGUGGAGUGUACUGGAAGUGGAUCGCUCUUGUGCCAUUGUGGACAGCUAUCACCUGUAUGCAUAUCAUGAGGACCCAAAUGCAACCUCACCUUCACAGUGGAAGAAGAUCGGGGAAGUAAAGGCUCUGCCUCUUCCUAUGGCUUGUACUCUAACACAGUUUGUGUCUGGGAGCAAGUACUAUUUUGCUGUAAGAGCAAAGGACAUCUAUGGCCGGUUUGGACAAUUUUGUGACCCACAGUCAACAGAUGUCAUUUCCACACAGAGCAGUUAGAAGCACAGGAAAGUGUUAAUUGCUAUUUCAUCCUUUUCCUUGUUGUGCAUGAACUUGACUUAGACUGAAACUGAUCAGCUUCCAUUCAGGGAUCGGUGUACAGCACUUUCCCAGCAUCUUCACACACAAUCAAUGUUCUGCCAAGACUUGAAUCCACCGCAGCCACCCGUUUGGACCAGUCUCCUGAAAAUAUGGAUAAAGCGGAGCUUUUCUGUUUUUCUGGAGCAAAUUUGCCGUCAUCUAGUUGUUAAGAUCAGCAACCAGGCAAUGCAUUGAGAAGGUUAUACAUUAAGUAUUUCAGUAAAAUGGUUAAAGAGAGAUAAAACAGAGAACAGAUAUUUGCAGAGAAAUAAGUUCUGCAAUGUAUUUAGGGAUUUAUAAAAUACUUUUUUUUUUUUUCCCAGCCAAGGUAAAUGUAGCUCUUAGGCAAGACAAGUAUUACAGAGGAGCAGAGUUGUGUGUGUGUAGCUCAUACACAACGUUCAACAUGUGUUCCCCACUGGCUGGGGAUUCUGAACUGGACAAUUAUCUAUGGGGUUAAAAACAAACGUGGAAAUACUUUUUUUUUUUUUUUUGUGCCUUAAUGUGUUUUUUUUUGUUUUGUUUUUUUUUUUAGUAUUUUUCAUUUUUGGUUUAACUGCCUAUCCUCUCGCCAUGCAUAUUGGUAGAAAGAAAUCUAUCCGUAUCCCUGCGCCAAAGAGGAGUAGUUUUAAUUAUGGAGAGUUUUUAAUUUAAUUUUUGUACCUAUUGCAUUCUAGACCAAGAUGGAAUAAGCCUGCAAUCCUAUUAUACGAGGCAGGUCUUGUCAGUCUCCAGCCUUCCUACCGUUUAUAUCAGUCCCGUGUCUGUCUGUGUUUUUAAAAAAUAAACCGCUUACUCACACUGGUUUCAGAUAUGGCAGUUCCAACAGUUUUUGUUUUUUUUUCUUUUUGUUUUGCCCCCAAGAUAAACCGAAGAAUAGAUUUGGGAAAAACAUGCAUGUAUUAUUUUAAAUGUACAGUGUAUUCUAACAAAUUCCGUGAAGGAUAACUAUUUUUGUAUUCGUAUCGUUUUCUCCAGCUAUGAACUCCUGAGGUAAAACCUGGCAAAGCAAAUAGGAGGUUAUCAACUUGUUAGCUAGAAGAACUCCGAUGUUUGUUUACUGCAGGCUUCACUGUAUCUAUUUGUGUUCUGAUUCCAUUUUAACUAGUAUAUUUAGUAUUGUGAGUAUUUUACAAUUGCAUUACACAGAUGAUCAGCCGGUUACAGCAAAAACGCUAAACACGUGGUCGUAACCGUUCAGCCCUAAAUGACAUACUCUUCCGUCACACGCUCACUGAUAAACAGGGUGGAAAUCUCUACUUCAAGAAAUAUUGUUACCUUGUAUAUAAAUAAUAAAUAUUUUUUACAAACGUG